AUGGAUAUUGAUAACCAUUCAUUGAUUAAAGAGAAUCCGUUGAACAGUGAAUAUGGACACGAGAGGAUUUCAUUUGGAGAAAGUGGUAAAGUGAAUGAACCAUCAUCUUCAUUAUCUAGAAAUAUUUUAGGAACCUUCAUGGAAGAUAGAGAAAAUGCUACUGAUUGUGCUUCAGAAGUGAAUUUACACUUGGCAGAACACCAGCCACGAAGUCGAACUCGCAACUGCAAACCUUCUGAUCCACUCUAUGUGCAUAAUUGUAGCGAUCGUUUGCCACCGCUUGAAACUGAGCAGCAGUUCCGUAUUGCAGUUACAAAAUGUGCAAGAGGAGGCGAUUCAAUGGAACGUAAUUCAAAUGCUGGCAUGGGAGUGGCACGCGAUGUACCAAAUUUGUCUCCUUUAAUCUUCAAAAGCAAACCUAUCAUCAUAUCCUCAUCUCCAGUAAUGAAAGCUUGCUCAUCUGAAAAGACAAAAGGUGUUGAAGGUCGAAGAACUGCUGCUGAAGUUGACGCCUUUUUUACUCGUCUUAGUACCCCGAAAUACAUUAAUGGGAAAGUUUCAAAAGAGAAAAAAAUUGGAGAACGUAUUCAACAAGUAAGUGCAACACAACGACGCAGAUGUGAAGCAACAAAAGGACUGUGCUUGAAUGUUGUCCGUACACGAAAUAAUUCUGCUGUACGUUGUGGGAAUCGUAAUUCAGCUGUUGGAAAGCAGAGCUGA